UUACUGAGCACUAGAAGGCCUCCAAGAUCUCUUCCCGCUCUCACAUUAUAUGUUUUUAAAUGCUGUAUACUUAGCCCUCCUCAGACAUUAUUAAAAAAAAACAGCACAGCUUCAGAGAGGGGGCUCUACGGCCCCGCUCCCGCGCUCAGAGACAAACCAUUAACAGCAGGCAGGACAUUCUGGAAAAGCAGAAGUGUUCCUCACAGACAAAAGGAGCUUCCUGGAAUCGAUCAUCUGUAAAAAUUGCCUUGCAAUAUGGGGUUAUCCAUCCUGUUAAGCAGAAAAUAUAGGUGUCUACCAACAUUAUUGACAGAAUUGGUGGACAAAAAACGAAUCCUGUGCGGAUCCCUCACUACGUCCUGCAGUCUUUAUGGGAAGAAGAAUAAAAACAGUGGGUAUGAACAUGUUGACCAAGAAAAACAUGGAGAUUUGGUCCACCGUCUCACAUCCUGCAAAGACAGUUAUCAAACACCUGAAUCAUUAUUUGAAGAUAGCAUUCUUUAUGGGCCAGCGAGCAAAUAUAAGCCUCCAGCUCAGGGGGUUGUUGAACCAAAAUUUCCUAGGAAUUGGAUUCCUCUUACAAACCCCAAUAAGAGUGCUUUGCCUCAGAAAACUGUCCCAGGGGUGCCAUUGCAAAUCAGUUUGCAAAGGAACAGGAUGGCCAGUGUGACAACUGUUCUACAAUUAACUAUGCCUCUGAAACAGGCCUUUUAUCUGGAGCGAUGGAAACAGCAAAUGAUUCUAGAACUUGGGAAAGAGGGUUUUGCAGAAUACACUAAAAAUAUCUUCCAGCAAGGUAAGCUCUUCCAUGGAGCCCUUGAAGCCUUAUUGUUAUCUGAAGAAAUCUUGGAGCAGGAAGAAGACUGCAGUGUCUCUGGCUAUGUAGCAAGUGUACAGCAUGUGCUACAAGAUGUCACUCGAGUCAGAGCCCUUGAAAGUGCAGUACAACAUGAGACCCUUCAUUACAAAGGCCUAGUGGACUGUGUGGCAGAGUAUCGAGGAACGUUAUGUGUAAUUGACUGGAAGACUUCAGGGAAACCAAAGCCAUUUCUCCAGAAUACGUUUGACAGUCCACUGCAGAUUGCAGCGUAUGUAGGAGCCCUUAACCAUGAUGGCAAUUAUGACUUCCAGGUUGAUUGUGGACUCCUUGUGGUUGCCUACAAAGAUGGGUCUCCUGCACAUCCUCAUUACAUGGAUUCUGAGCUCUGCUCUCAGUACUGGAACAAGUGGCUGCUUCGUCUGGAAGAGUAUAAAGGGAAGGACAGUGGAACUGUAUAUAAAGGUACAUUUGGACCUGAUGGGAGAGAUGAGGAGUUUAACUACAGGUUGAAUAUCUUGGGACCAGAAGUGUUCCGGAUUUUGGAAAGUUGUAGUUUCAGGGGCCAGAAGCCCAGUAAAAGAAAAGGGGAACUUUCUGCCAUCACCAGGACUACAAGCCCCAGCAUGCUCUGGGUAACCCAGGGUGCUAAUGGCGGUGGCAGCACCUGCACAUUGCGGUCUCCGUGCGGACUGCGGAGACUGAAUAAUAGACUGGGCUGUUUACAAGAAGUCAGUGUUGAGCACUGAAGAUUCCAUGGCAUUUUUCAGUUACUGAAGACUAGCUGGGCUUGACACACAGCAUCUGGAGAGGAGAGGUCUUAUGGUAGCAAGCAUGGCUUGUCCCCUUAGCUAAGCAGGGUCCGCCCUGGUUGAAUAUGAAUGUGAGACUAGAAGUGUGAGCACUGUAAGAUAUUCCCCUCAGGGGAUGGAGUCGCUCUGGGAAGAGCAGAAGGUUCCAAGUUUCCUCCCUGGCAGCAUCUCCAAGAUAGGGCUGAUAGAGACUCCUGCCUGCAACCUUGGAGAAGCUGCUUCCAGUCUGCAUAGACAAUACUGAGCUAGAUAGACCAAUGGUCUGACUCAGUAUAUGGCAGCUUCCUAUGUUCCUAUGUAGGCUUCUUGAAUGGAGCCACAUGACCUGCUCUCCACUCAGCAUUCCAUACCAGCUUCAAUGGGUCUGCCCUUAAACUCUUUUCACUGAGCUGCAUUUUUUCCUCAGCUCCUCUCAGAUUCACCCCUGAACUCCCUCGGAAUCUUCAGCCAGAGCUAACCAAUCAUAGUUCUGUUAUCAGUCUUGAAACUGGUUGACCAGUGCCUUUUCCUGUUGAGCUUUUCUGCUGGUCUUUUUAGACCAAUACCUAACUUAACACCUAAACCCCUACUAACUUGGCAAGAGGCACCUUUUAACAUAGUGAUUCUCUUUAUUUAGCAGGGGGAGAGUAACUAGCCCUAUCCACCCCCAGCACAGUACCUCAAAUGACUGUUGCUGGUGUCUGUCUUAUGUUUCUUUUAGAUUGUGAGCCCUUUGGGGACAUGGAUCCACCUUAUUAUUUCACUGGGUAAACUGCCUUGAGCCAUUUUUGGAAGGGUGGUAUAGAAAUUGAAUAAAUAAUAAUAAUUAAUAAAAAUAAACCCCACAUA